AUGUCUGAAAUCUUCCUCACUGACUGCCGAGCCCUUCUCCAGUGUCUUCAGUUCACACAGAUAGACCAGAUCCUCCAGGAUACCAGAAGGGAACUCCAAACACUGGGCACCAAAACAAAACUGGUGUUACAGUGGAUCCCCUCCCACUGUGGUGUUAUGGGAAAUGAAAAAGCUGACAGACUCUCCAAGCUGGGCAGCAAACAGGAGCAAACUGCCCACCAAAUGUCAUAUGGUGAAGUCAAGACCCUUCUAAAAAACCACUUCAAGAACAUGUGGAGGCAGCGUCUGCAGAUAGGGCCUGAAGGGAAUGGCAUCUACCAGCUGAACAGGUCACAACAGGUCACCAUCUUCAGGCUGAGAACAGGACAUUGUCAGCUCCUCUCGCAUUUCUUCAGGCUGAAAAUCUCUCACACGGAUGAGUGCCCAUGUGGCACUGGUCCACAGACACCAGCCCACAUUCUCCAAUCCUGUCCCACCUUCGACACUUUGCGACAGCAAAUGUGGCCCAGGGAGAAGCUGUGGGGACCGGUGACGUAG